AUGAUCUGGUCCUUAGACGAAGCGCAGAGCCCUCCUCCUCUUCACCACUCUCCCUCUGUCGGUGACCACGAUCGCGCCUCUACUCGGGACUCGACCCCCGUCACCACUCCCCUCGGGUUUGGCGUGCCUUCGCGCAGACCGGAUAGGGAAAAGGACUCGGAUCUUUUCUGGCCUCGAAAUUUAGGAACCGACAAGAACAGCUCUUCAUCAUAUUUCGAUUCUCGCAUCUUGCCUUCUCAUCCUGAGGAGGACCACGACUUUCCUCUUUUCCCCUCGUCCCCUCCUGCAUCUGGCACAAUGACUGGUGCAGCCGCUCCGAUUGACAUCGCCACCCGCCAGACUUCUGUCUCUCCGCCAGGGCAGCAGGCAUCCAACCUGACCUCUGCUUUGCAGAGAGCCAGCAAUGGAGAGCGUACGGGAAGUUUGUCCCACGCUAAUGGCGUUGGAAUCAGUAUGUUCAAAGCCCCGCCGCCUCGCAAAGAUUCCAUCACCACAGCUACGGCACAAUGGGGCAACGGGACCAAGCCAAUCUCCAUGUCUGGCUCCAACCGCGAUAUACCCCGUCGAGAGUCUCUGGCUGGAAGUUUAGUCGGCGGAAUGAGCUGGGGUGGUGUGUCUGUUGGUAGUUGGAUUCGUGAUGAUAUAAUCAUGACCGGCACAUCUCCGUUUACUACUUUCCAAUCGCCCUCAUUUCAUUCAUCCUCAUAUCUCCCCAAACUAGAAGCGAAUUUUAUGCGAGACUUUUCUUGCUGCGGUAAUACCCUCCCGACCCUUCACGAUCUCCUGCAGCACUAUGAAGAAGCACAUGCCACCAAGUCGCCGCACCAGAGCCAUCGCCCGAGUCAGGGUGAUUCCCGGGCCGCAUUGGCCGCGGCUAUUGCGCACCAGCAGACCCAGCAGAACAACAACCAAAACCGUGGGUUGCUUCCAGAUCGGGGCUUGGACAUGCAGCGGAAGUUGAGCCAAAACCAGCCUCCUCAACAGCAUGCUGAUCUUGAUACAAUUGACGAUAUGGAAUUGGAUGAGCCUAUGGGUGAUAGUGAUACCUCAUCACCUGCGCUGUUCUCCCCUCAACCACAGGAUGCCAACCAGGGAGGAUUUGGCAACUCUAAUUCGAGAACUCCUCAAUUAAACUUGUCAAUGCUCCCCAGCCACCAGGCUCUUAAAGGCUCACAACCUGGAACGCCCGUUGCUUCUUCCCGACCACUUUCUCUGCAGAACAACCCUACCGUGUCCUCCGUCAACACGCCCACUCUGAUGGCCAACCCCCUGCAAACCUCUCAAUUCCGAAACACCCCCGAUUCAUCUGCCCCCGGAACGCCAGCAGAGAUAGAUGAAAGCGUAGUUGGCGGCUUUGGAGACUUGACCAUGCAGAACGGCGCGAUGAUGCAGGGCCAGUCCCAAUUCAACAGAUUUGCCAACAAUAAUGACAUGGUGGAUCUUUGCAUUGACGAACCAGCGAAAAGGUUAUUUAGCCCCAAUGGAGGCCUUGCUUCGCCAAAUGCUCACUUCAAGCUGAGCGGAGCUCAGUACGGCCCCAAUAGCGAGAUUGCGCGACGGAUUCGAGAGCAGCAGCUGCUUGCAGGUGUUCCUGACACUACUGCUCUUCUUCCCAACGAGGAACCCAAGCCGUUUAGGUGUCCAGUAAUUGGCUGUGAAAAGGCAUACAAGAACCAGAAUGGCUUAAAAUACCACAAAGCUCAUGGGCACAACAACCAGCAGCUACAUGACAAUGCCGAUGGUACCUUUUCUAUUGUUAACCCCGAAACUUCCGCGCCGUAUCCUGGAACUCUUGGAAUGGAGAAAGAGAAGCCAUACCGAUGUGAAGUUUGUGGCAAGCGCUACAAGAACUUGAACGGUUUGAAAUACCACAAGUCACACUCCCCGCCAUGCAAUCCCGAGUUCCAGCUUGCCGCGGGACGCAUUAAUCUGGGCGGAGGAGUCAUGCAGGGACAAAAUAUUAAUGUUGCUGGGGCUGGCCUCCCUGGCAUUGGCGAGGAAGGUCUUCUAUGA